AUGGAUCCGCCUCUAUUAAACGAGCAGCAAAUUUACAAUAAAUAUUCCAAUCAACUUUCCAAUUGUUUGCUCGAAUCUCAUUAUCCACAACAGAUUCAAAUAUAUCCAACAUUAUUGGAUAAUAGUCAAAUAUCAUAUUUACAACCAAAUUCUCAAUUACCAGAUUACCCAUGUCUAGAUGUAUAUCCUUUUAAUGAACAACCGGGUCAUACGGCACCACAGUCCGAAUUGAAACCAGAUACAUUUAGUAUUCGAACAAAUAGACGACCGAAAAAGAAGGAAGCACGAAAAACAAAACCUUACAUAAAGCGCACGCAUUCUCGUAUUGCAUGCGAUCCAUGCCGCAGAGUACGUUUAAGGUGUGUAAAAGAAGAAAAGAAUUCUACUUCUUGCAAUAGGUGCAUUGAAGAGAAAAGAAUAUGCAUUUUUGAUGAAAAUCCGGGAAAACGAGGUCGCAAACUUAAUAGCAAAAAUAAACCUAAGGAAAAAGAAACAAAAAAUUGUGAUGUCAAUGUUGCUGAUAAUAUUGUCAAAGUUACUAAAUCAUAUUAUCAUGGUAACAAUGGAGUAAUAUCUGAUAAUCUUAAUUUAAAAGGUACUUCUAGUAUUUUGAAUCCAAAAAUAAGACAAACACAAG